AUGCUCAGAAGCAAACUCGCGGAGAUCGAUAACAAACGGGCGGCAUCGCAAUCUCUGCCCAAAGGCAGCGCGCCAUAUACAUGUUCAACCUUCUUCAAGGUCCAGCAGCCUGGCGGAAACCCCAAAGCUAGAAGCUGGGAUCACCGCUUCAGCAAAGACAGUCAGCAGCAGCAGAAAUCUCCGUUGAAGGCGGCCGCGAGAGCGGCCCAUUCGGAUAUGAUAAGCUUGGGAACUGCACGGCCGUGGCCGGAAUAUUUCCCGUGGAAGUCUCUGGAAAUGCUUUGCCCAGGACCCAAAGCCUUGGGCUCUACUGUCUCGAUGCGUUGCGUCAAACGAGAGGAUGAGUAUGAUCUUGACACUGUCAUGAACUAUGGAUACGCAGGAGGGUCGCCUCAGGUACUCCGCUGGGUGACUGAGCAUAAGUCGCCCACCCUAGUUUUGGCCCACCCCUGGCUUUGGCCCGCUCUAUUUAGCCUACAUCGCACAACUGGUAUAUCGACGUAA